CGUGGACCGCAAGGGGCAGUACCACUACCUGGUGAAGUGGCGGGACCUGCCCUACGACCAGGCCACCUGGGAGGAGGACGAGAUGCCCAUCCACUACGACCUGCACAAGCUGGCGUACUGGAAACACCGGGAGGUGUUCAUGGGCGAGGACCCGGCCCAGCCGCGCCGUUACAAGAAGAAGAAGAAGGAGACGCCGGGGGAGGGACCCCCCGACUCGCCCACCAACGACCCCACGGUGAAGUACGAGACGCAGCCGCGCUUCAUCACGGCCACGGGCGGCACGCUGCACCUGUACCAGCUGGAGGGGCUCAACUGGCUGCGCUUCUCGUGGGCGCAGAGCACCGACACCAUCCUGGCCGACGAGAUGGGGCUGGGCAAGACCAUCCAGAUCGUCUUCCUCUACUCGCUCUACAAGGAGGGCCACACCAAGGGCCCGUUCCUCGUCAGUUGCCCGCUCUCCACCAUCAUCAACUGGGAGCGCGAGUUCCAGAUGUGGGCCCCGGCGUUCUACGUCGUCACCUACACGGGGGACAAGGACAGCCGGGCCAUCAUCCGCGAGAACGAGUUCUCCUUCGACGACAACGCCAUGAAGGGCGGCAAGAAGGCCUUCAAGAUGAAGCGCGAGGCCCAGGUGAAGUUCCACGUUCUGCUCACGUCCUACGAGCUGAUCACCAUCGACCAGGCGGCGCUGGGCUCCAUCCGCUGGGCCUGCCUGGUGGUGGACGAGGCCCACCGGCUCAAGAACAACCAGUCCAAGUUUUUCCGGGUGCUGAACGGGUACAAGAUCGAGCACAAGCUGCUGCUGACGGGGACCCCGCUGCAGAACAACCUGGAGGAGCUGUUCCACCUGCUCAACUUCCUGACCCCCGAGAGGUUCAAUAACCUGGAGGGGUUCCUGGAGGAGUUUGCCGACAUCUCCAAGGAGGACCAGAUCAAGAAGCUCCACGACCUGCUGGGCCCCCACAUGCUGCGGCGCCUCAAGGCCGACGUCUUCAAGAACAUGCCGGCCAAGACGGAGCUGAUCGUGCGCGUGGAGCUCAGCCCCAUGCAGAAGAAGUACUACAAGUACAUCCUGACGAGGAACUUCGAGGCGCUCAACUCGCGCGGCGGCGGCAACCAGGUGUCGCUGCUCAACAUCAUGAUGGACCUCAAGAAGUGCUGCAACCACCCCUACCUGUUCCCCGUGGCCGCCAUGGAGUCCCCGAAGCUGCCGAGCGGCGCCUACGAGGGCGGGGCGCUGAUCAAGGCCUCGGGGAAGCUGCUGCUGCUGCAGAAGAUGCUGCGCAAGCUGAAGGAGCAGAACCACCGCGUGCUCAUCUUCUCACAGAUGACCAAGAUGCUGGACCUGCUGGAGGAUUUCCUGGACUACGAGGGCUACAAGUACGAGCGCAUCGACGGCGGCAUCACCGGGGCCCUGCGGCAGGAGGCCAUCGACCGCUUCAACGCGCCGGGGGCGCAGCAGUUCUGUUUCCUGCUGUCGACGCGGGCCGGGGGCCUCGGCAUCAACCUGGCGACGGCCGACACGGUGGUGAUCUUCGACUCGGACUGGAACCCCCACAACGACAUCCAGGCGUUCAGCCGCGCCCACCGCAUCGGCCAGGCCAACAAGGUGAUGAUUUACCGCUUCGUGACGCGGGCCUCGGUGGAGGAGCGGAUCACGCAGGUGGCCAAGCGCAAGAUGAUGCUGACGCACCUGGUGGUGCGCCCGGGGCUGGGCUCCAAGGCCGGCUCCAUGUCCAAGCAGGAGCUCGACGACAUCCUCAAGUUCGGCACCGAGGAGCUCUUCAAGGACGAGAACGAGGGGGACAACAAGGAGGAGGACAGCAGCGUCAUCCACUACGACAACGAGGCCAUCGCGCGGCUGCUGGACCGCAACCAGGACGCCACCGACGACGCCGACGUGCAGAACAUGAACGAGUACCUGAGCUCCUUCAAGGUGGCCCAGUACGUCGUCAGGGAGGAGGACAAGAUCGAGGAGAUCGAGCGGGAGAUCAUCAAGCAGGAGGAGAACGUGGACCCCGACUACUGGGAGAAGCUGCUGAGGCACCACUACGAGCAGCAGCAGGAGGACCUGGCCCGCAACCUGGGCAAGGGCAAGCGCGUGCGCAAGCAGGUCAACUACAACGACGCCGCCCAGGAGGACCAAGAUAACCAGUCCGAGUACUCGGUGGGCUCCGAGGAGGAGGACGAGGACUUCGACGAGCGGCCCGAGGGCCGGCGUCAGUCCAAGCGGCAGCUGCGGAACGAGAAGGACAAAAGGACAAACCCCUCCCCCCACUGCUGGCCCGCGUGGGCGGGCAACAUCGAGGUGCUGGGGUUCAACACGAGGCAGCGCAAGGCUUUCCUCAACGCUGUCAUGCGCUGGGGGAUGCCGCCCCAGGACGCCUUCACGUCCCAGUGGCUCGUGAGGGACCUGCGGGGCAAAACCGAGAAGGAGUUCAAGGCCUACGUGUCCCUGUUCAUGCGCCACCUGUGCGAGCCGGGCGCCGACGGCUCCGAGACGUUCGCGGACGGCGUCCCCAGGGAGGGGCUGAGCCGGCAGCAGGUGCUGACCCGCAUCGGAGUCAUGUCCCUCGUCAAGAAAAAGGUGCAGGAGUUCGAGCACAUCAACGGGCGCUGGUCCCUGCCCGAGCUGGCCCCCGAGCCCAGCGCCGACUCCAAGCGCUCGUCCCGCGCCUCCUCCCCCGCCAAGACCGGCCCCCCCAGCCCCGAGCAGAGCGGCCCCCCCAGCCCCGCGCCCCCCACGCCCGCCACGCCGGCGCCCAGCGAGCGCGGGGACGGGCCAGGGCCACCCCCGGACAGGGACGAGGGUGACACCAGGGACGAGAAGGAGCCCAAAGGCCCUGAGAAGAUGGAGACAGAUCCCCCCGUCCCCGAGGUGCCGCCGUCACCGGGCGAUGGCAGCGAGGCCGAAGGGCCCCGCAAGGGGGAGGAGGAGGAGGGACCCGGCCACAGGGACCCCGAGGCCGAAGGGCCCCCGGCCCGCGAGGAGCGGCCAGGGGCCGAUGCCGAGAAGGCUCCGGGGCUGGACAAGGGCGACGAGAAGGCCCCGGAGGAGGAGCCCAAGGAGCGCCCGGGGGACCCCGACCCCAAAAGAGAGGAGCCCAAGGCGGAGCGGGAGCCGCGGGCGGAGGCGCGGCCCAACGGGCGCCGCGAGGACAAGGCCGAGAAGCCGCGGUUCAUGUUCAACAUCGCCGACGGCGGCUUCACGGAGCUGCACACGCUGUGGCAGAACGAGGAGCGCGCCGCCAUCUCCUCGGGCAAGCUCAACGAGAUCUGGCACCGGCGCCACGACUACUGGCUGCUGGCUGGCAUCGUCCUCCACGGCUACGCGCGCUGGACCGACAUCCAGAACGACGGCGCCUUCGGGGUCAUCAACGAACCCUUCAAGGGCGAGGCCUCCAAGGGGAACUUCCUGGAGAUGAAGAACAAGUUCCUGGCGCGCCGCUUCAAGCUGCUGGAGCAGGCGCUGGUGAUCGAGGAGCAGCUGCGCCGCGCCGCCUACCUGAACAUGACGCAGGACCCCAGCCACCCCGCCAUGGCGCUCAACACGCGCUUCGCCGAGGUCGAGUGCCUGGCCGAGAGCCACCAGCACUUGUCCAAGGAGUCGCUGGCGGGCAACAAGCCGGCCAACGCCGUGCUGCACAAGGUGCUGAACCAGCUGGAGGAGCUGCUGAGCGACAUGAAGGCGGACGUGACGCGCCUGCCGGCCACGCUGUCCCGCAUCCCCCCCAUCGCCGCGCGCCUGCAGAUGAGCGAGCGCAGCAUCCUCAGCCGCCUGGCCAGCAAGGGCACCGAGAGCCACCCCCCGCCCAGCUUCCCGCCGGGUCCCUACGCCACCCCCCCGAGCUACGGGGGCACCUUCGGGACCCCCCCGGCCGGAGCCCUCCCCCACCCCGGGGGCGCCAACUACAGCCAGAUGCCACCAGGGUCCUUCAUCUCCGCCUCGAACGGCCCCGCGGUGCUGGUGAAGCGCGAGGCGGAGGCGCUGGAGCAGCAGCAGCGCAAGGAGCCGCGGGGGGGGGAGGUGAUCUGCAUCGACGACUGAGGGGGGGCGGG